CUCUUUAAAACCGUUCCUCGCAGCAGGUCCGGGAGUUGCACUGUGGAGCCGCAUCGCAUCGCAUCGCAUCCGCAUCCCAUCGCUGGUGAGACCAUGUCUGGGUUCGGCUACAGACACGAGUUGGAGAAGUAUGAGGAGAUCGACGAGGAUGAAAUCCUCGCGUCGCUGACUUCCCGUGAGCUGGAGGAGCUGCAGAAGGAAUUGGACGACAUGGAUCCGGACGACUGUGUGCCCAUCGGUCUCAGGCAGAAGGAUCAGACCGUCAAAACCCCCCAAGGCACCUUCAGCAGGGAGGCGCUGCUGGCUUACUGGGAGCAGGAGACCCACAAGCUGUUAGAGAAGGAGAGGUACUCUGCUGGACCAGAGCAGGCCCAGGAAGAUGAGGUGAGCAAAGAAGACAGUGAGGAGUAUGAGAGCGAGAGUGAGAUUGAGGGUGGAAAGUCAGAGAAGGAAGAACAAACCUCGGACGAGUCUGAAGAGGGUGGGAGCGAUGAGGAAGAGGAGGAGGAGGGUGAAUUUCGGAACACAGCAAAAACCUCAGACAGCCAACUCAGCGGCACCAAAGUUGCCAAUAAAUGUAACGGGCACGUGGAUGAUGGCCACAGCAAUGAUAAAGGACCGGCGUGGCACAGCAAGGGUCCGCCUGAGAGCCAGCUGAUUCCCAAAGUGGCGGCCGGCGGAAACCCCAGGGUGGACAUCGACGAGAUGCUCGAGAGCGUGAGGAGCAAUGACGUGGCGAGGAUGGAGAUCAACCUGAACAACAUGGAGAACGUGAGCGGGGAGACUCUGGUGCAGUUUGCCCGAGCCAUGGAGACGAACACAGCGGUCAGGAGUGUGACCCUGGCCAACACCCAUGCUGACGACCAGGCUGCCAUCGCCCUGGCCGACAUGCUGAGGGUCAACAGGACCAUCACCAAUCUCAACGUGGACUCCAACUUCAUCACCGGCAAAGGUAUCCUGGCCAUGGUCCGAGCCCUGCAGAACAACGAGGUGCUGACUGAGCUGCGCUUCCACAACCAGAGGCACAUUUGCGGGGCUCAGGUGGAGAUGGAAAUGGCCAAGGUUCUCAAGGAGAACAGUACUCUGCUCAAGCUGGGAUAUCACUUUGAGCUGCCUGGUCCACGAAUGUCCAUGACCGCAGUCCUGACCAGGAACCUGGACAAGCAGAGGCAGAAACGCCUGCAGGAUCAGAGAAACCAGCAGCUCGUGGAGAAACAGAACGGCUCUGAGGGAGCGAUUGAUCCCAGGGUCACUGCUUUACACAAGGACUCGUCCAGGUUUUCUCCAUGUGCAUCUCCCAAGAACUCACCCCACGCUUCCCCAAAAGUGGUCAAAAGAUUGGGUGUUCCUCCACCGCCUCCCCCUCCCCCCCCUCCUCCACCUCCUCCCCCUCGUCCAACUCAACUCACGCUCACUCAGCCCCCUCCCCCACCCCCGCUGCCCAAGCACAAGUCCCCAACCAGAAACAUCGCCGAGGCGAUCAGGAGACAGGAGGACACUCAGACGAGGUGGUGCAACCGGCAAAGUCCCAACAGGAAGAAGGUCAAGGGCAGAGGCCACAGCAAAAAGCAGAGAGAGGAGAAGCAGAGAGAGGAGAAUCACGUCCUGAGGGAACUCAAGAGCUCGCUCAAACCUAUCACCGACCAUAGGCCAGAGGAGGACUCCAGGCCAGCUACUCCACAAAGGACACGCCACGAUGACCUCAUGUUUUCCAUACGCUCCAGCAGCAUCAAACAGUUGAAACGGGUCUCGCUGCCUGAAUACCUGCGGUGAGGACACAGACUGUCUGUCUGCCCAGUGAGCAGAGGGAAUGCCAUUCUGUACAGAACGGAGUAUUGAGUGUAGGGACAGCGCCUAAUACUGACUGACUCCGGCUUUCUCCUGCCCUGAACCUCAGAGGAACAUUGACGGCUAUUCCAGACACCCAAGACCUGAAGUGCUGAGAGUUCUUUACGUGUGAAGUUAUAUUGAAUUACACAGACUGUACAGCACAGAAACAGAGUGUUUGUCCCAUCUAGUCCGUGCCACUGUUUAUACUUCACUCAACCCGCCACCCUUCUAUCCUUCUCUACCGUACACCUCUAUUCACUUCUCCUGUAUCCCUCUAUUUGCUCUCAUCAACCCCUCUAUUCCUCUCUUCCUCACUUUUUCUCUUAAAUCCAUUGAUGCUUUUUGCUUCAAUCACAGCUUCUGGCAGGGAGCU